UGGCUAUUGUGAGUUUCACGUACUUAAUUCUUCAUUUGCUUAGGUUAGUCUCAUCCGGUUUACUGUGAAUGGCGUUUUUUCUUUGGUCUUUCAGGGAAUAUUUGUGCGUGUCCAUUUCUCGUCGUCAGUCGUCCGUCCGGCCGCCGCCAUUUUGAAAGUGUCAGUCUGGUUUUGGUGCGCCAGGGCAAAGAGACGAAGGAAGAAAGCCGAGCAAUCGAACCGGGGCGCCUCGGCCAAGCAAGCCAGUGAGCCGGCCGGGCCCGUAACUCGGCUCGACUUGUCUCGCCUGUUAGCCUUUAGCAUUAGCUAACAACGUUACAUGUGCUGUGAGGUCGAGGGGGAACUGAUCUCAUCUGCUGCUACAAUGCCGACAGUUACUUUGCCACCAAAAGAGAACGCUCUCUUUAAGAGGAUUUUGCGAUGUUAUGAGCACAAGCAGUACAGAAAUGGACUCAAGUUCUGCAAACAAAUCCUGUCCAACCCCAAGUUUGCAGAGCACGGAGAAACCCUGGCCAUGAAAGGCUUGACCCUGAACUGCCUGGGGAAGAAGGAAGAUGCUUACGACCUGGUGAGAAGAGGCCUGCUCAAUGACCUCAAGAGUCACGUCUGCUGGCAUGUGUACGGUUUAUUACAGCGCUCUGAUAAAAAAUACGACGAGGCCAUCAAGUGUUACCGAAAUGCGCUGAAGUGGGACAAGGACAACCUCCAGAUCCUCAGAGAUCUGUCCUUGCUGCAGAUCCAAAUGAGAGAUCUGGAAGGCUACCGGGAGACAAGGUACCAGCUGCUGCAGCUGCGUCCUGCUCAACGCGCUUCCUGGAUCGGCUACGCCAUUGCCUAUCACCUCCUGGAAGACUAUGAGAUGGCAGCAAAGAUCAUUGAGGAGUUCAGGAAAACGCAACAGACAUCUCCGGACAAGGUGGACUACGAGUACAGCGAGCUGCUGCUUUACCAGAACCAGGUGCUGAGAGAAGCAGGUCUUUACAAGGAGGCUUUAGAGCAUCUGUCAAACUACGAAAAGCAGAUUUGUGACAAAUUGGCAGUGGAAGAGACGAGAGGGGAGUUGCUGUUAAAGUUGGAGCGUCUGGAUGAGGCUACGGAUGUCUACCAUCGGAUGCAGGAGAGGAACCCAGAAAACUGGUCAUAUUAUCACGGCCUGGAGAACGCACUAAAACCAAGCAGUCUGGAGGAGAGGCUCAAAGUCUACGAAGAUGCAUGGGAGAAGUUUCCAAAAGGCCUCGUUCCUCGAAGACUCCCCCUCAACUUUCUAACUGGUGAGAAGUUCAGAGAGUGUCUUGACCGCUACCUAAGGAUGAACUUCAGUAAAGGAUGUCCACCUGUCUUCACCACCCUGAAAUCUCUUUACAACGACAAAGAAAAGGUGUCAAUUAUAGAAGAAUUGGUGGUCGGCUUUGAGACCUCAUUAAAAAGCUCCAGACUGUUCAGCCAAAAUGAUGAUGGUAAAGAAGAGCCACCGACAACACUCCUUUGGGUGCAGUACUUCCUGGCUCAGCACUACGACAUGGUUGGCCAACAGACACUGGCCCUUGAAUACAUCAACACAGCCAUCGAGAGUACGCCAACCCUCAUUGAACUCUUCCUUAUCAAAGCCAAGAUUUACAAGCAUGCGGGGAACAUCCGAGAGGCAGCCCAGUGGAUGGAUGAGGCACAGGCUCUGGACACCGCUGACAGAUUCAUCAACUCCAAGUGUGCCAAGUAUAUGCUGAAGGCUGGCAUGAUCAAAGAGGCGGAGGAGAUGUGUUCCAAGUUCACACGGGAGGGGGCAUCAGCAGUGGAGAACCUGAAUGAAAUGCAGUGUAUGUGGUUCCAGACAGAGUGUGCACUUGCCUACAAGGGUAUGAACAAGUACGGGGAGGCUCUCAAGAAGUGCCACGAAAUUGAAAGGCAUUUUGUGGAGAUUACGGAUGACCAGUUUGAUUUCCACACCUACUGCAUGAGGAAGAUGACGCUGCGUUCAUACGUGGACCUGCUAAAACUGGAGGAUGUGCUUCGGAUGCACCCCUUUUAUUACAAGGCCGCCGUCACCGCCAUUCAGAUAUACCUGAGCCUCCACGACAAUCCCCUGACUGACGACAGCAAGGAAUUGCAGGCGGACACUGCUAACCUGUCGGACAAAGAGCUGAAGAAGCUUCGAAACAAGCAGCGGAGAGCUCAGAAGAAGGCCCAGCUAGAGGAAGAAAAGAAGAAUGCAGAGAAGGAAAAGCAGUUAAAGAACCAGAAGAAGAAGAAAGAGGAUGACGACGAAGAGAUUGGGGGCCCAAAAGAGGAGCUCAUUCCUGACAAAUUGGUCAAGGUAGAAAAUCCACUGGAAGAAGCAGUCAAGUUCCUGAUACCUCUCAAACACCUUGUCAAAGAUAAAAUUGACACACACCUACUAGCGUUUGAAAUCUACUUCAGAAAAGAAAAGUACCUGUUGAUGCUCCAAUCAGUAAAAAGGGCGUUAGCCAUCGACCCGGACCACCCGUGGCUACACCAGUGUCUAGUACGCUUCUUUAAAGGAGUCUCGGAGAGCAAAGAGCUGCCUGAGGUGGUCCGGACAGUCUUGAAGCAGGAAGUCACCCGACUCUUCGGCGACAGCAACGCUAAGAGCUUCAACCAGGCCUUCCUCUCCAAACACUCCAACUCAAUACCGCAUCGACUGGCUGCCGCUAAGAUGAUGGUGUACAUGGACUCGUCGACACUGUCAAAGGCAGUUGAAUUGGCUACUGCGCUCGAUGAGUCACUCAACAACAGAUCUAUCCAGAUCUGCACAGAGGUCCUGGAGAAUCUUCGGAACGGCUACCUGGGUGACUCCAAGGAGUGUGCCGAGUCGUAUCGCACAGAGUGUCACAAGCUUUACCCCUACACGUUAGCUUUCAUGCCCCCCGGAUACGAGGAGAACACCAAGAUCGCUAAUGGAGACGUUUCCACAGAAACAGAAGAGCUAGCCAACGAGAUGUGAGCACGACCAGACAAAGGCGGAUGAGAAAAGGAAUAGGGCCUUGCACAGAGCCUUGUGGUACGCCUGGCAGUCAUUUUAUAGAGCCAGACACACAUGGGAAGCGAAAUAGAUGUUUCGUUCUUUGGCUCAGCUUAAAUUGGGUCUGACCCGGCAUGGCUUGGCUCUUUCCCAUAUGCUGAAAAUCAGGACUGUAUGCGUGUGUGUUUGCGUGUGUCUGUGUGCGCGUGUGUGUGUGUAUGUCAUGGGUGCGACCGAGUCUUGAGCAUGUGUGCGGUUUUGUUUAUUUGUGAUAAAUGGGAGGAAGAUAACAAAAUGGCCAUUUUACUUUUUUAAUAGCGCAACCGACCACACUGAAUAUUAAAAGAAUACCACAGUUAUUGGCAAAACGUUAGGGUAAAAACUGACCUGACUGGUUUCUCUGAGAUGACAACCACUGGAGUUUGACUCUGCUGCUUCUACAAGCCCAUCGGUUGUUUAUUUUACAAGCAAAGCUAAUUUAAAAAAAAAAAAAAAAAGAAGAAGAAGAAAGGAAUAAAAACUGGGACACAGCUGUCACCUGGGAGCAAAUAGUCUGCUCAAUGAAUUUGAUCCCCCACACGUCAGCAGGAAGCUGAGCAGAGAGAGUUCAUGAGGACUUCAAGUAGAUGCUAAAGACGUUCAUCAAGCACUGGCCAAUUUGGAUCUGCCGUGACGACCCUUUUCCGAACCGCUGGACAGUCAUUCUACUCACCACUGCGCAGCAGCGACAACACGGCCUGACUUCUUCGGGGACGCAGCCUGGAAGGAGGCUCCCCCCUCCCCCCCCCCUCCCCCGUUGUAAUAUUAUGGUCUGUCACCACAGCAGAGCGGCUCGUAGCGUAGAAUGAAAACUACAAGGUUGUUAUACACUGCUACUACUACUACUACUACUACUACUACUCCGACUCGACAUGUUCAAACUUAGGGGAAAGUGGUGGAUCUAAGCAAUAUCAUACACGCCUUCUGUCCAUCAUGCGAAGGUCAUCAGUCAUGUGGUACCAUCUUGGGUUUUUUGGGGGGGCGGUUUUUGCAUCUACAUUAUUAUUACAUUACAACUCAUGCAGAAGGGUCUUCCUUUGAAAUCCAAGACUCUUCGGAAGGUAAGAAUUUUGUCAUCCAAACCUGCUCUCUGGGGUCAAAUAUUAAAAUGCAAAGAUUUCAGCACCCAAAAUUUGCUCCCGUUUUCUUUUGUUGACCCGUUUGCCCUGAUUUCUUGCCCCCCUUUCCCCUCGAAUUUGGGUUCUAAUGUGAAAGAUGACAUCUGAGAUGGCAAUGUAAGAUAUCUGGAUUUUUGUAUUAAAACGAAACAAAAGAAAAGUUGUUUUUAAUUUUUGUUUAAAAUUGCAUCUGUUGAUACUGGUGGUAUCUUAUUUUGAAAGUCACACUGAUUAGGAGCUAAUCAAUGUGAAGCUUCGGCGCAAUUGAAAAUUUUCUGGACAAACUUCUGAGUCGGACAUAAUAGUCGAUUUCUGUCUUGUUUGUGUGUGCAUUUUAUCAUCUGUUGUUACACAACAGUGUGCAAAACUUCUACCUCUGUGCAAAUAGAUCUUUGAACAGUGACAGUUAAUGCACCAUCACAU